AUGCGCCAAAGCAUGCAGAGUUACGCACAAAUUGCAUGCUCACCGUCAGUAGCUGGUCAACAACAAUUGACCCCUACAGAUAGCGCAACCAGCGGCGUUGCACAUAAAAAUUCUUGCUGUAGCGUUGGCGUAUUGUCCACGGAAGACAAGCCAGACACCCCCACUCGACAAACCUACGCUCACAAGGAACUGCAGAACAAACAAUUACUACGCAACCAAAAGGCGAUGACAGUAAUAUGUUCAAACGUCCCAGAACCCACUAGCGAAUCGCUAAAAGGUAGACAAGCCGAGGAGCAAAACCGGUGGGCUGAAAUAACCAGCGCACUCGGACUGAAAGUUCUCCCAACUGGUCUUACACGCCUUUCACGAAAUCCAUCAUCUCCACACUUAGGGGAACCUCGGUUACUGCGAGUAACGUUUGGCAACACGCGUGAACUGGAAGAUGUUCUCUUAGCAAGACACCUGCUAGUGAACUCUUCUGUCAGUGCCCGCAUUUUUCCUGACAGGCCAUGGGCGGAAAGACAGAAGCAUAAAUCCAACCCUAGUUCGUCACGUCAAAAUGAGAUGAAGAAAGUGGUAUUGGUUCAUGGUGUGCCAGAAUUGAAGCAUGACGAUAGCAGUGAACGACAGAAGCACGACAUCGAAGAAUGGCGGUACAUCGCAGAACUAUACGACAUGAAGAAUGUCGUGGCUUUUGACGUCACCCGUCUAACUGCUUCCACAAACUACCAAGGUAGCGGGCCACGAAUUUUGUAA